AUGGCUAGCACUACACCCUUGAAUGUCCUCGUCUUCAGUAAGACUACCGGGUACCGCCACGAUUCCAUCCCAGCCGGAAUACGUAUGUUCCACAAAUUGGCCAACGAUGCAAAAUUCUUCAAUGUCACGGCUAGUGAAGAUGCCUCAUUGUUUACGUCGUCCUCGCUAACCCAAUAUCACGUCAUCGUCCUCCUUCAAAAUAUUGGUGACGCAAUAUUCACUCCCCCAGAACUGGAUGCAUUGAAGAUCUGGGUGCGAAAUGGGGGCGGUAUCGUGGCUAUCCACGGUGCGGCCGCAGCUAUGCAAGGAAAUGAAUGCUAUACGAAAUUGAUCGGUGCGAGUUUCGAUAUGCAUCCUGACCCCGAAGCCGGCACUAUCCUUCCUGAAAAGGCUUCUCAGGAACACCAGAUCAUGAGAUGCUGUGGUGGGCGCGAGGGCUGGAAGGACGAAUGGUAUAACUUCCACACGCAUCCUAGGGAGAACAAGAACCUGCAGAUCUUACUGAGAGGAGAUCCGGAAACGUUUAGCGGGGGGAAGCAUGGAGCUGACCACCCUUUAGCUCUCGGUCUUUUCGCCAUCAACACUACUCUUUUCGACGUCACCACUAGUCUUCUCGACAUCGACACUCGUCUUCUCGGCAUCGACGCUGGCCUUUUCGGUAUCGACGCUGGUUUUUGGGGCAUCAACUUUUGCCUUUUCGGCAUCAACAUUCAGGUCCCAGUCAAUGCCGCCAUCUUUGCCAUAGCGUUGCUCUAA